CACGUAGGAGUCCGGCGAGGAAGUAUCCGGAACUGUAGCCCUCAGCUUCCAGACUGCCCGCCGGGCGGGCAGAGCUGACUGCUGCAGCCCAAGUCAGGGACUCCCUGCGAUCAGAAUUUUAGGAACCCAACUAAAAGAAGAAAAAGAAAAAUCACCAACCCUUCUUCCUUCCUUUUUGUUUCCUCUCCUGGUGGACGUCAGCGCAGGGCUAAGUAGAGGCCCCUGGCAUCCUGUGGAGGGUGUCCCAGAGUGGCCGGGAUGUAUAUGCAGGUGGAGGUGCACACAAGCUCCCGCCUCCACCUGAAGAGGGCCCCCGGCAUCAGGUCCUGGUCUCUUCUUGUUGGGAUCCUGUCCAUAGGCCUGGCCGCCGCCUACUACAGUGGAGACAGUCUGGGCUGGAAGCUCUUCUACGUCACUGGCUGCCUCUUCGUGGCGGUGCAGAACUUGGAGGAGUGGGAGGAAGCUGUCUUCAACAAGAGCACUGGGAAAGCUGUUCUGAAGACGGUCAGCCUGUACAAGAAGCUGCUGACCCUCUGCAGGGCAGGCCAAGAACAAGUGGUGGUCCUGCUGAGCGACAUCCGGGAUGUGAACGUCGAGGAGGAGAAGGUCCGAUACUUUGGGAAGGGCUAUGUGGUCGUGCUGCGGUUUGCAACAGGCUUCUCUCACCCCCUCACCCAGAGCACAGUCAUGGGCCACCGGAGUGACGUGGAAGCGGUGGCCAAGCUCAUCGCCAGCUUCCUGGAGCUCCGCCGCCUCGAGAGCCCAGGAGACCCCUCUCAGAGUAGUGACAGCGAGGCUGAACCAGGGCACCACAGCUGAGGGCCCAGGCCUGCCCCUGGAAGCCCCCUCCUAGCCGCACUGGGCGGGGUCCUGCACCCCUCCCACUGCGUGCCCUUGACUUGUACUGGCCUAUUGCUUUGAGCCUCUUACAUGCCAGGACCUUGUCCCUGACCUCCCAAGGCUGCACGUCUGCCUGGGGGCUCCCCUGGCUGUUGAGGGACUUGGACUCGGCCCCGCCCCUCAGAGCCUCCCAUGUCCAGGACCCACAUUCUGUGUAGGGCACUGGGUGGGGAGUGGCCCCGUGGGCAGCAACGCCACAGACACAAAGGUCCUAGACCCCACCCCCACCCCCCGCACCCUUGCCCCCAACGGUGCCCCUUCAUUUGGGCACACAGCCCUCAGGGUCGCAGAAGGCCCAUAGGGUGCAGGGACUGGGCUGUGGGCCCACCCUUCCCUCCACCUUCAGCCAAGACCCCAACGACCAGACCCUGCUUCCAGCGGUGACAUCGGGCUGGGGACUGAUACCCCCGCCCCGGAGCCAUCUUCUGGUUCCCAUCCUUCCUGCUCCUGCAGUCAAAUCCACUGCCAGCAUGCCCAUCCUGACCCUCAUAGCCGACAGGGGCAGUGGACCUGCUCCGCAGGGGGAGGCGCAGCAGCUCUUCCUGGAAGCAGGCUGUGCUUUCUCCCCGCUCAAGUAGCUGGGGGCGCCAGUGGAUGACCCUUCUGUUGGCAGCCCAGCGCUUAGCCCACUGCCCCUGCUGGGGUGCCGUGCUCGUCCCUGGCCCCUGCCCCAGGUCCCACCAGCCUCAGGCUUUGCAUUGGAGGCCCUGGAGGGCUGAAGUUGCCCCCAGGUUCUGAGGGGGCAGCAAGCUGCCUCCCCCAGGAUGAGACAUAGCCAUGGCCAGGCUGCUGGAUGGAGAGGAGCCUCUGCCCGCUUUGCCAGGGGAUAGCACCAAGCAACCCUUAGCUUGGGGACCUGGCUGUUCCAACACCUAAGUUCUUUUUUCUUUAACGCGGUGAAGUGUGAAUGUUCUUUUUUCUAAAUAAAAGCACACGACGCUAGA